AUGGAUGCGAACGACGUUGAUCCCCGAAGCAGAACGACUCGCCCUAACGAUCCUGAUGAGGCUGCUGGCGGGCGGACAAGAGUCUCUCGAGCCUGCACUCGUUGUCGCGCAAGAAAAGAUCGUUGCGAUGGGCUGCGACCUCGCUGCUCAAACUGUGCCAAUGCCGGACAGCUAUGCCUCUACGUUGCUGGACAUAAAAAGAGAGGGUUGCCCGAAGGCUAUGUGCGUGGAAUCGAGAAACUAUGGGCAGUCAUGCUGCAGAAGAUCUCAGGCUUGGAUGAGACCGCGCGACAAGUAAUGCUCGAGAAUGAGGACGAACUUCUUCGAAUAUGGAACCAUCCGAAGCACGGUGACAAUCUUCAUAAUGUUUGGAAAGAGUCCAGUAUCUUGUCGAAUCUGGAAAGACUACUCUCCCAGGUUGAUCAGCCAUCGCCUGUUCUGAAAAGAAAAAGAAACGAGGAAGACGACGGCUCCGGUACCGAGACAUACGACCCGGACAGUCGAGUAUUGAAACCGGCCUUUUGUGUCAAGGAUAUUUCAGAGCACUUUCGAAACACCGUUCCUCAAGCUCAAAGGUUGUCUCAUGACCCAAACGUUAACAGCUCCGAACAAAUUGUAUCAGCGAGUUUACCAGCUGCUGCCCUGCAACUGCCAAAGUCUUCUUCCACCUUGUUGCACCACUACUUUACCUACACCCAUUGUUGGUUCCCUGUCUUGGAUAGGUCUCUUACUCUCAAAAGAUUCCAUGAGCAUACAAGGAACUACAAUAGUAGACCUUUGGAGAACUGCGAACUCGCAUGUUUAUGGGCUAUUUGCGCCUAUUCGAAGCAACAAAGAGCACAGCUAUCCUCAAGUAACGACAACGGCCCGUCUGUUGAUGAGAUGCGGUCUGCGGCACGAAGCCUGAUCCCUUCUGAAGAGGGUCCAUUUACUAUUGAACAUGUGCAGGCUCUCCUGAUCAUAGCCCUGCUGGAUGUUGGAUUGGGCAAAUGGACUUCUGCCUGGAUGUUGUCAGGUUUCGCAGUAAGGGCUUACCUCGAUAUCACCAGUGCGAGCGGAAAUCUCGUUAGCGAUACCGCCACGCCUGGUCAACAAAAUAAUUGGCCAGGCACAUUACAAGGCUGUUUUGUCCUGGAUAGCAUCAUUUCCAUGCAACUCAUGCGACCACCGCAGUUGCGACUCCAAGAUCUAGGAGGCAUGAAGUUUCUUGAUGAGGACGGAAUUGAAGAAUGGGAGCCAUGGAAUGCAGUGGGACCUGAAACAUUUUCAUCUCCAGAACCUGCAUUUGCAAGAAGCUGUUUCAAUCAAUUGACUCGCCUGCUUAUGAUCACAACAGGUCUCAUCAAUCCAAGGUAUUAUCAACCUACGGUAUUUAACGGUAAUCGCACAUUGGAAGACCUUGCAGAGACGUUCCCAUUUUCCGUGUUCGCGAUUGAACAACGGCCGCCUCACCAGAUGCUUUUGCAAACAUGCUACCUUGCGGUAGCUGCCAGGUUCUCAGAUCCGGCUACGCGUUUCGAACGCACACUUCUGUUCUUACAAACUCUGAAGGCCUUCGACCAAGCCUGGAAUUCCAUUCAAUGCGGAAUUCCGUCGAUUCUGAUAGCUAUGUCGCACUUGCCAUACCUCCCUUCCAGCAUCUCUAGUCCACCUGAAACCACCUCGCUGUCUGAAGACCACCAGCAAGUUCUGGCUCGGCUUUCGAACGUCUGGCCGGGGUUUAACACGGGCGAAAGGCCGACUGAAAUGGGUUCUAGUCGCCUCACACGGACAGUCACUGCUUCAUCUCAGUCAUUGAGAUCGCAGCCCAAUGCCUCGGUUAACUCUCCUUUUUCAAGAAUUGAUUUCUGGUCCAACAAUAUACCAGGAUCUCAGGUCGAUAUGAGCGAUGCUUCUACGGUCAGAAGCAAUCUAGGACCAACCAGCAUACAAGGAUACCACGAAACUCCUACUCUCCCUCACACAGCAAACCUCGCCCCACGACUUGGGUCUGAAGUACUAGAUUACGGUUUGAUGAACGUCGAUAUGACUGGGUCGCUACAAUCGACCAAUGUUGGACGAAACUCUGCUCCACAACAACCCCCCAACAUGGGAGCCACGACAUCUCCUAGUUACGAUGGGGACGAAAUUGAUGCUUUGUUUCAUGAGAUGGCUCAACUUGACGCUAACGAAUGGUCCAUGGACAGGACGCAGAAUUUCAAGGACUUUGGAUUUUCUGACGCGUCUACCUUUGAAGCUUUUUGCAAUGAUCCCGAUCGAUUAAUGCUUUCGAAUGAGUAUGUGGGCCCGGGUUUAAGUCAGAGCAGCAAUCCCAUGCCAUAUGGGGCACGAGAUGCAUUUGGCACUGGCCCUGGAGAGGGGUUUGGUGGUUCUGAUAGAAGCCUAGGUCGUUGA